AUGGUCAAGACCUACGACUUGUACAUCCCUGGGCAGUACGAAAACUUUGCGGAGCAAGCAACUGAGGAACGAACCGAAAAUAAAGGUCAAGGUGUUGGUCAAGGAACUAUGGGCGAGGGCCAUGGCGGCGGAGGCCAGUCGGAGGGAGGAUCCUCGAUGCCAUGGAUUCCAAAAUCUGGUGGCCAGGAGACACCGCGCUCACAAGGUGGUGGUGGUGGUGGUGGUGGCAGUGGUGAAGUCGGCUACGAGCCUUUUGCAAAGCCUUGGGUGGUGCAGUAUGCCACUGACGAGGGUGGGCACAAUGCCUUCGAUUACGAAGGAAAAGAGUUUGCAUCAGGAGGCAUGGAGAUGGGUGGAGUCCAGGACUAUGCGGACUACAUGAACCAGUACGCUGGAGAAUGGGUGCCAGCAGACAGCGACCAGAAGUCCUCAGAGCAGCAAGCGGAUGCAAAGCAGACAUUUGCGAAGCAGAAGUCUCAAACUGAUGACAAGUCCAAGAAGGCAACCCAGCAGACAGAGGAGAAGGAUCAGAAACCAGACAAGCACAAGAAGUCUGCGGACGACGACAAGUCUAGAUCCUCCAAGGCGCAGCAGACACAUGAAAGGGAUCAGAAACUGCACACGCACAAGAAGUUUGCGAACGAUGACAAGUCCAAAUCCUUCAAGGCAGUGGAGCGGCCAAAGGAGCCAAAGGAGAAGGAUCAGAAAGCAGACAAGCACAAGAAGUCCGGGAAGGAUGACAAAUCCGCCAAGGCAGUGGCCUUUCUGGAAAGCGCUGUCCCAGAGGCUCUUGAUACUCCACCGCACCCUGCACAGCCUGCGUUGCCCCGCUGGAGCAUUGGAAAGAAGGAGAUCAAGACACACGAAGUGCCACACCCAGCACAACCCGUGCUGCCGCAGCUGCAGAGCAAGGUCGCCAAGGAGGCUGUGGCAGAAGUGAGACAUGCGGUGAAGAAGUUGCAACAGGCAGCGCAGGACGAUCACGGUUCGGCUGCACGGGAUACAUCCUAUGCAGCCUGGACUUUGGCAAAACACUCUCCACCUCCCAAGCAGACAGAAGAACAAAAGCAAUUGGCGGAGGCGAUGUCACGCUUGUGGAAGGUGACGCGGGAGCCUUUGACUGACAAGUCCUUGCAGGAGCUGGAAAAUGCAGGGCGCACAGCAUCAAGUGCAAUCGCAAGGCUGCAAGAUGCAGAGAUGCAGCAGCUUCGGCAUAGCGCCACGAGCACCCGUCAGAAGCUCUUGAAGGGUGCAAGAGACUGGUCAGACCAAGUUCAGCGAGAUGCUCGAAAGCAGGAAAACGAACAAUUGGCACAAGAAGCAAGGCAAGCUGGUGCACAGUUGGAAAAGUCUCUCUCGGAUGCUCUCAGCGACAGAGCUCAACAGAAAGCACAGGAACUACUACUUCAUGCUCAGCAACGAAAGAAGCUGCUGCAGGGAGUUCUUGGUGAGGCAGUGGAUGUUGCUCAGAUGUUGCAGAAGGAUUUAGGCAGCACAGCUCCAGAAGCGGUCCCAAAGCUGGCAAAGGUUGAAGCUGAAGAAGCUACAGAAGAACCAGAGAGGCAGAGCUUGACCACUGACAAGCUGAAGGCAACAACGGGCAGCUUGGGUGUGUUGGCUAUUGGGAAGUCCCUGUUCAUUAUUUGUUCAUUGUAUAUAGAUCAUGACAGAUCAUUGCAGAUCAUUAUACGGUAA